AUGUCCAAUGAACAAGAUACGGAUGGUCCUGCGACACGCUCAAUAGAUAAGAACAGCGACAAGAUGCCCGUCGCCAAUCAAUCACCAUCCAAGAAAAGCUUCAGAUUCUGGGGCAUUAUUGCAACAUUGUCCAUUGCCGGUAAUCUCACAGCCCUUGAGGCCACUAUUGUUACAACUGCCUUGCCGACAAUCAUCGCCGAUCUGAAUGGCGCGGACAAGUAUCUAUGGGUCGCCAACGCGUAUUUAUUGGCAACGACUGCACUAAUGCCCAUAUACGGCCAGUUCGCCAACGUAUUCGGCAGACGAUAUCCCAUGCUAAUCGCAACGGCCCUCUACACACUGGGAAGCGGAUUAUGCGGUGGCGCCACCAGUAUCGAGAUGUUGAUCGUAGGUAGAGUUAUACAGGGUAUUGGAGCAGCGGGGACAAUGACCCUGACAGAGAUUAUUGUUUGUGAUAUUGCACCUCUGCGAGAACGAGGUUUCUAUCUCGGUAUCGUCAUGGGUACCAAUCUGUUUAGCUCUGGACUUGGACCGCUAUUUGGAGGACUCAUUGUGCAAAAAACUACUUGGAGAUGGGUAUUCUAUCUCAAUAUUCCGAUAGGCGGCCUCGCAUUGACCGCAUUGGUCUUUUUCUUGCAAGUGGAAUACGAAAAGGAAAUGACAAUCAUCCAGAAGCUAAAGAGACUGGAUCUGGGUGGCAGCGUCAUAUUCGUAGGCUCUGCAAUAUCCAGCUUACUUGCUCUAGCCUGGGCCGGCGCGACCUACUCUUGGUCCUCGGUCCAGGUGAUACUCCCUCUUGUUCUGGGUUUUGUUGGCCUGGGAUGCUUCCUGAUUUAUGAAAAAUUCGCUGUUGAUCCCAUCAUGCCACUUCAUCUGUUUCAGAACCGGACGUCGCUCAUAGCGUUUUUCCUCACCUUUCUCCAUGCUAUUAGCUUUAUGAUACCACUUUUCUUCCUGCCGAUAUAUUUCCAGUCCGUUCUCGGUGCAAGCCCUGAACGCUCAGGAAUUGACCUAUUGCCUACCAUUUUCACGGUCAUACCAGGUGCCAUGAUUGCUGGAGUUCUCUUGCAGCGAGUCGGACGAUACAAGCCAAUUCACUUUAUUGGAUUUGCAUUCAUGGCGGUAUCAUUCGGUCUAUUCUCGCUACUGGAUGAGAACUCUUCCACUGCAGCAUGGGUACUCUUCCAGAUGAUAAUGGCUGUUGGCCUCGGCCUUAUCGUACCCACUUUGCUUCCAAUGGUGCAAGCGGAGUUGACCGACGCGGAUACCGGAAGCGUGACCGGAGCUUGGACUUUUCUACGAAGUUUUGGCAUGACGUGGGGUGUCACGAUUCCUUCUACAAUCUUUAAUGCUAGAACUACCCAGUUGUCGGCCCGGAUUCAAGACCCAAGUGUUGUCUCUUUGCUCACUGGUGGGCAGGCAUAUGAGCAUGCCACGAAAGAGUUUGUCGAUUCGAUAACCGAUCCAGUUGUAAGGGCUCAGGUCAUUUCGGUCUUUUCGGAUAGCUUGAAGAGAAUGUGGCAAGUGGGUAUUGCAUUUGUUGCCCUUGGGUUUUUGAUGGUCUUUAUUGAGAAGGAGGUUCCCUUGAGGAAUGAGCUGGACACAGAGUAUGGUAUCAAAAAGGAAGAUGUCAAAAAAGAUCCGGAGACUGUGGUAUAG